CCCGCCAUGGCCGCCGCCGCCGGGGGAGCUAAGUGGCUGCUGGGGUAGUGGUCUCGGCUGCCGGCGGCUGCUCGGCCCGCCGGCCGUGGCGCAUGGGUCUUCUCCGAGGCGGGCCCCCAUGCGCUCGGGCCAUGGCGCGCCUGGGUGCCGUGCGCUCCCAUUACUGCGCGCUGCUGCUGGCCGCGGCGCUUGCCGUUUGCGCCUUCUACUACCUAGGCUCGGGCCGGGAGACCUUCUCCAGCGCCACCAAGAGGCUGAAGGAGGCCCGCGCCGGGGCCCCCGCCGCGCCGUCGCCGCCCGCGCCGGAUUUGGCGCGGGGCUCCGUGGCGCCGGCCCCGGGCGCCAAGGCCAAGAGCCUGGAGGGCGGCGGGGCCGGGCCGGUGGACUACCACCUGCUGAUGAUGUUCACCAAGGCGGAGCACAACGCCGCGCUGCAGGCCAAGGCCCGCGUCGCGCUCCGCUCCCUGCUGCACCUUGCCAAGUUCGAGGCGCACGAGGUGCUUAACCUGCAUUUCGUGAGCGAGGAGGCCAGCCGCGAGGUGGCUAAGGCCCUGCUGCGGGAGCUGCUGCCGCCCGCCACCGGCUUCAAGUGCAAGGUUGUCUUCCACGAUGUCGCUGUGCUGACGGACAAGCUCUUCCCCGUCGUGGAGGCCAUGCAGAAGCACUUCAGUGCCGGCUCAGGGACCUACUACAGCGACUCCAUCUUCUUCCUCUCGGUCGCCAUGCAUCAGAUCAUGCCCAAAGAGAUCCUGCGGAUAAUUCAGCUGGACCUAGACCUCAAGUACAAGACCAACAUCCGGGAAUUGUUUGAGGAGUUUGACAAUUUCCUGCCAGGCGCCAUCAUUGGCAUCGCGCACGAGAUGCAGCCAGUGUACAGGCACACAUUCUGGCAGUUCCGCCAUGAGAACCCCAAGACCCGGGUUGGGAGCCCUCCGCCCGAGGGGCUCCCUGGCUUCAACAGUGGGGUGAUGCUGCUGAACCUGGAGGCCAUGCGCCAGUCCCCGCUCUACAGCCGCCUCCUCGAGCCGGCGCAGGUGCAGCAGCUGGCUGACAAGUACCACUUCCGCGGCCACCUCGGGGACCAGGACUUCUUCACCAUGAUUGGCAUGGAACAUCCCGAGCUCUUCCAUGUGCUGGACUGUACCUGGAACCGGCAGCUUUGCACCUGGUGGAGGGACCACGGCUACAGUGAUGUUUUCGAGGCCUACUUCCGGUGUGAGGGCCACGUCAGGAUCUACCAUGGGAACUGCAACACCCCUAUCCCAGAGGUCUAGGUCCGUUCUGGCCGGCCGUGCCCUCGGGCCUCUGGAUCUGGGGAAAGGGGAGGGGCGCCUCCGGGAUAGGCCCCAGGGCAGCGUCUGAACUCCUAGAGGGACACUGCAGGGAUGUCCUUUAUGAUCAGGUGCUGCAGCUCUCCCACCCUGCAGGUCGCUGUCCUGAGGCUGCAGGGUGACAACUGGCCUGCACAUUGCUGGUACUCAGGACCAUUUUCCUCCAGGGAACCAGGCAUCGUGAAGGGCAAACAGGGAGAUAUCUUCCCAUGGGCCAGGAAGAGAAGCAAGGAAAGAAAAUGGUGCCUCUUGCCUUCAGCCCCUAAAGAAUGGAAAUCAUUUUAAGAACCAGCCUUUCUUGGACCAAAUAUAAAUUUAUUUUAAAUUGACAGGAGAGAAAGAACAAACAGUACUACAGGAGCUCCCAGUGAGCUCUAAAUGCGCGAGCCAGGGUUUGAACAAGCAGCCCAGAAUUUUAAGCGUCCAAACGAAUGCCGACCUUGCACGGGCGCACCCCGGGAGGUCGUGUGCUUCUUCCCUGAUGCUCACAUUGCCUGGUGUAGGUGUCAAGAUCACCACCUCUGGGGAGGGCCUUCAGCACCAACUGUGGCCCAUGUAAGAAAACUGGGCUCAUUUUUCCAGCUUUUAUCUCCCAACUGCAUACCAGAACAUCAUUAUCUCUUAUUCAUCUAAGCCAGCUCCGGGUGACCAGACUGUGCUCAGAAAUCAAAUCCGCUAUCAAAGCACAGAGAUUGGCCACCCCCAAGGAUGUGCAGUAGAAUCGUCUAGACUGGGAGGACUCAUUCCAAGGAGGAGCCCAGCAGUGCCCAAGCAAAACCAUGUGGCUUGGAAGGGGUGUCACUCUUAGGCUUGUAAGCAUUCUAGUCUCUUUGUUUAGAGAAAUCAUCCUCGUGAUUAUCUUCUUGUACCAUGUCAGACCCUAUACCUUAGAAGAAAUUAGGGUGUCCUUUCUUUAUUUCUUCCUUCAAUGCGUUCUCCUAUAAGUGAGCUACAGAUGUGGAGCCGCUGGUCCAUGUUGUAGAGCCCAGCUGAGGUCCUGGGGGAAGAAAUGUUGUUGGCCUUUUAUCUUAUUUUAUUUCAAUUUCAUUGACUCUUUUAUUUCUUCUCGCUGUGGGUGAGAAUAGCUAAUAAAUAAUCUUUGAGAACACAGUGACUUAGGUUGUUUGUUCUCUGAUCACAGUUUUCCGCUCCGCGAAGGUUCUGAGUCAGGAGUGUAAUCGGUGUCACUCAGAGUCUUCCUCUCCACGUGAUCGAGCUGCGUGUGCUCACAGCGGGUCCCUGAGAACGAAGGGGGAGCACUUCUGAGGGGGUGACGUGGAGGGUAGAAGUGCUGUAUUGGGUUCAAAAUAGAGGAUCAUUUCGUUCUAGGUAUUGGCAGGACCAUCUGCUCCUGGGUGCCAAAACAGCCCCAUCACUUCUCAUCCAGCUUACCCCAAACCAUGCGAUGAUGUCAUCCCCUGACAAAAUGGAGCAUGUUUCUUCCCUAACUCUCGGCUCUGACAGAACCGCUCUGUUUUCUUAGAUACUUGAUUUCCUAUUUAUAGCUACCAAUUACUGAAUGCCUGCUGUGGGCCAAGCAUUGUAUUGGAGGAUGUAUAUACACUAUUUGAUAACCUUACGAAAACUCACGAAGGUAAUUCGGAUUCUAAAACUUAUUGUAUAAAAAUAAUGAGAUGUGGACAGAGAGUCACUGUUUAUCACAGCAUCUUUUUUAUAAUAGAAAAAAAUUACAAGCAACUUAAAAUGUUGAAUAGGGGAGUGGAUACAUAAUGUAUGUAACAUUCAUAUAAUGGAAAGGUUUAGGCAUCAAAAAUCAUAUUUUUGAAAAAUGUUUAAUACCUUGAGAAAUGCUUACAAUGUGCUAUUAAGAAUGCAAAAUACAAGAUUAUAUGUAUAAUAUGAUCCUAAUUUUAUUUUUAAAAUUACA